AAUUUAGGUCCUCCUAUACUGAGAUGAAUUGUUUAGUGUUUUACGGUAACAACUGUCAAAUUCCUCAUCUCUCUGUACGCAUUAUUUUUUCACUGACAUUUCUCUGAGUCACUACAGCCAUUCUCUUACAGCAACUAAUGCCAUCUCUAUUGAAUUCUCUAAUCAGAGCCAACCAUCCGUUUAUCGUGUGAAUCGGAUAUAAAUACUAAUUUUUUUUCUCGAAUGGUUUUACAUUUGCUGCAAAUCAAUUCGUGGGAGAGUAUUAUUUUUCAUCUUUGCUUACUUUCUCUUUAUGAUAUACAUAAAGAAAAUAAAUAUAUGCAAAACUCUCCACAUACUCAACAAAACAUUGCCGCUGUCAAAAAUUUACGCAUCAUCCAAUUGUGUACACGGUUUGUGUUUUUUACUCAACGAAAGACUAUCGAAAAGUGUAAAGUCACUGUUUUGUAUGAUAAAUUAUAAAUUGAUUCCGUCAAUAUGAGUGAUAGUGCUGGAAACUGGUGUUUAAUCGAAAGCGAUCCGGGCGUAUUCACCGAAUUAAUCAAAGAAUUUGGUUGCGAAGGCGUACAAGUUGAAGAACUAUGGAGUUUGGAUGCGGAACAGUUCAAAGAUUUGUCGCCCGUUCAUGGACUUAUCUUCUUAUUCAAAUACGUACAGGAUGAUGAGCCGGCCGGCUCAGUUGUCCGAGAUAAUCGGUUAGAAAAGAUCUUCUUUGCAAAGCAAGUAAUCAACAAUGCGUGUGCAACACAAGCGAUUCUCAGUAUUUUGAUGAAUUGCAGUCAUGACGAUUUAAAACUUGGUACAACUUUGACGGAAUUAAAGGAAUUCUGCAUUACGUUCGAUGCACAAAACAAGGGAUUGGCUUUGAGCAAUGCUUCACAAAUUCGUGCUGUUCACAAUUCGUUUGCCCGUCAAACACUCUUCGAAUUGGAUAACAAAAAAGCAGCCAAAGAUGAAGAUGUUUUUCAUUUCAUUGGUUACGUGCCAAUCGAUGGCCGUUUAUAUGAACUGGAUGGCUUGAAAGAGGGUCCAAUCGAUUUGGGACCAAUUUCAGCCAAUCAAGAUUGGGUUGAUGUUGUUCGACCAAUCAUUCAAAAACGAAUCGAUAAAUACAGUGAAGGUGAAAUUCACUUCAAUUUGAUGGCUCUUGUAUCUGAUAGGCAGCUCAUUUAUCAACGUAAAAUUGAUCAAAUUCUAAAUGGUACAUCGGAAAAUGACAUGGAUACAGACACAAAACAAGCUGAAGUUGCACGUUUGCGAAGCCUCAUCGAAGAUGACAUGGCAAAAAAGAAACAGUACAAGAUUGAAAAUAUUCGACGUAAGCACAACUAUUUGCCGUUUAUCGUGGAGCUACUGAAAAUGUUGGCCGAACAGGGUCAAUUAUUGCCUAUUUAUGAAAAAGCCAAGCAACGAGCUAUCGAACGUGAACAACAAAACAAUAAAGCGAAAUAAGAAUGCCUUUUGUGCAUAACAUCCAAACAUGUUCUUGUUUUCACAUCGAUCGAUGAUAAAUCAACAUGCGUUUACUUUGAUCACCUUUGAUCCCAAAAUUUAUAUAAUAAAACUCCAUAAUUAUGAUAUAGAAA